GGGCCGCCGCUGUCCGAGCUGCACGCGCAGCUGUCGGGCGUGCAGCAGCUGCUGGAGGACUUCCGCCGGCAGCUGCAGCGGGAGACGCCGGCCGAGGAGCUGGAGCUCGAGCUGCGAGCGGGCGGCGGCCCACGGGAGGGCUGCCCGGGCGCGGGCGGCGACGGCUACAGCGCGCUCCCGGACGCCAUCAUCCGCACCAAGGACUCCCUGGCGGCGGGCGCCAGCUUCCUGCGGGCGCCGGCGGCGGUGCGGGACUGGCGACAGUGCGUAGCGGCCUGCUGCGCCGAGCCGCGCUGCUCCGUGGCUGUGGUGGAGCUGCCCCCGCGGCCCGCGCCCGCGGCCGCCGCGCUCGGCUGCUUCCUUUUCAACUGCACAGCGCGGGGCCGCAGCAUCUGCAAGUUCGCUCCGCAUCGCGGUUACCGCAGCUACCGCCUCCGCCGGACGCCGGACGCCCACCUGGGCGGCCUGGCUCUCGGCGCCCGGGUCCCGGCCACCGCCGGGGCCUCCACAGAGCUGGACCAGGAUGCGCCUCCGCUCAGCAAGGCUGGACAGGAUGUGGUUUUGCAUCUGCCCGCAGAUGAGGUGAUUCUGGAUGGCCGCGAAAGCUCAGAUGACCACGCCAUCGUCCAGUAUGAGUGGACAUUGCUACAAGGUGACCCAUCAGUGAACAUGAAGGUGCCUCAGCCAGGAACCCUGAAGCUGUCCCACCUGCAGGAAGGAACGUACACCUUGCAGCUGACUGUGACGGACACUGCGGGUCAGAGAAGCUCAGACAAUGUGUCGGUGACAGUACAUCCCAGGCCCUACCUGCCAGGAGGAUGUGUAAACAUUUGCUCACGCUACCACUUCUUCUGCGACGACGGCUGCUGCAUUGACAUCACCCUGACGUGUGAUGGAGUGCGACAGUGUCCUGAUGGGUCGGAUGAAGAUUUCUGUCAAAAUUUGGGCCUUGACCGCAAGCUGGUGACUCACACAGCAGUUAGUUCUGCUGCACCAGGCACUGCAGGACUCCUUGCAGACACUGGGGAAGACUUGCAGAUGGAAAAGUCCCAGAAAACCACAGCCCCCAGCCUGCCGGCUACCUUACCAAGCACAGAAAAGAGGAACCACUCUGUCCUGAGGGGACCAAAGAGUCAAAUCAGUCCUGUGAUGCCAGAUAGUAGUUCCUCAGGGAGGAACAGAUAUGAGGAAAAUUUUACUUUUGAGUCCAAGAGCCAUCGAGGAAAGGGGGAACACCCAGCUCCUGAAGCAGGUGCCGUGCUGCCCUUGGCUUUGGGUUUGGCCAUCACUGCUUUGCUCCUUCUCAUGGUUGCCUGCCGACUGCGACUGGUGAAACAGAAACUUAAGAAAGCCCGUCCCAUUACAUCUGAGGAAUCUGACUACCUCAUAAAUGGGAUGUAUCUGUAGUAAAUAUAACUUAAACAGCUUGUGGCAAGGACAUGUUUUGCUUAUAAUUUAUUCUUAUAUUAAGUUGUGGAAUUUAUAACCUUUUAUUUUUAACGGGGCUAGAAGUUAAAAUCUUCAAAUUGCAAACCUUUGUCUUUGUUGUAGAAAGACUUUCCUUAGAAAGUAUGUAUAAUACCUUGAAAUUCAUGGAGGAAUUCAUGUGAUUAAAGACAUCUACCAAUCUGGUUCUGAUAACUACCACUAUCCCUGGUAGUUAGCUGAGAUUUAAAGAAGCAGCGUGUCAAAAUUUGCCUUGGGAUAGUGGCACUUGUCCUUCUCUUUGGAGAAGCCAACACUGGCCCCUUGCAGGACUGGGCCACUUGAGGCUGGCUUCGCCUCAUUCUGUAGCCGUUUUCUUUUCACCUCCAGUGUUCUUCUGUUAUUUUCUCCUCCAAAACCUGUUUGACAGUGGAUUUACCCUUUCAAGUGAGCUUACCCUUUCAAUAAAAUGCCACCUACGGUAGGUGUAUAUAAAUUGUAAGCCUUCUCAGCAGACCAGUGACACCUCAGGGGACAGGAAUGUGGGUUCUUUCCAGUGCUUCUGAUAUCAUGGAUCUUUGGAGAAAAUAAAAAACAAAUUUUGGGUUAGGAACAGUCCUAAGAUAGUGAGAUGGGAAGCAGGGAAUAUGGUGGGGCAAAAAUUUUAACAGCAACUGAACUGAGGGCAGAGUAAGGACAGUUAAUACUGUUACAGCUGGUCAGCACCGCUUCAUGGUCCAGAACAAGAAGCUUAUUUAUGUAAUCAUCAGAUUUCAAUAUUAUUCUUUGUUAAUAAAAAGAAAAAUGCAAAUUCUACAGCAGAAUAUCAAGUGGAUUUCUGCACACUGCUUUUAUAAAACUGGUACCAUAUUUAAGUAUCAGCAGAUCCUUCAUGCUAAUGGAGUCAGUCAGAUUUUUUGUAAUACUUUUUAAUGCUAUAAAAUGUCUUAACAGCCAGCCGUGAGCACAUUGCUAGAAUCUCAAUACUGUGGGAGGCUGAGGCAGGAAGAUCCCAAGUUUGAGUCUCACCUAGGCAACUUAGUGAGGCCCUGUCCCAAAAUAAAUAAAAAGAGCUGGGGAUGUAGUUCAGUGGGAAGACCCUGACUUUGAUCCCUAGUAUUCACUCCACAAAGUUUUAAUGUACAAUCAUUUACUGCCAGGCUUAUGUAUUUCCAGAGCAGAGCAAUUUUGCACAAAUUGAUAUCUGACAUCUAGCUUGUAUCUUCUCUUUUAAAUUUGUAAGCAUUUAAAAGGUAACUUGUUCCCAUUAUAUCUUAAAGCCAGAAUGUAUACAUCCUAGAAGUUAUUCUAAGAGGAAUGUGUAGUGUGGUAUCAUCUAUCCUUACAUGAUGUUCCUAUUUGUACUCUUGCUUUUUACCUUAAAGAGCAAAUUUUUUUAAACACUUGAAAAACACUCUAGAGUGUAGUUUAUUUUUAGAUUGAAACUGAAGUAGAUGGUUAAUUGGGUGGGGGAAUAUAUCAACAUUGACAAGUGGAAAGUUCUAGAAAACAAAGAAAUUGUCUUUUUCCUGAGAAAUUCUAGCAUUUUGUUUUUUAGAAUUGAGCAAUUAUUUAAAUUUCUCAAUGGCAGUUUAAGCAAAAUCAAGGGUAUGAAUAAAUUUACGAUGUUUGUACUCUA